CCGCGGCGGGGCUGAGGCGGGCGGGCGCCGCCAUGGUGUGAGGGGCGGGGGCGAAGGGGCCGAGCCGGAGCCAUGAACCUGCUCCCGGCCAACCCGCACGGCAACGGGCUGCUCUACGCCGGCUUCAACCAGGACCACGGAUGCUUUGCAUGUGGAAUGGAAAAUGGAUUCCGAGUUUAUAAUGCAGAUCCACUCAAAGAAAAAGAGAAACAAGAGUUUCUAGAAGGUGGUGUUGGCCAUGUUGAAAUGCUGUUCCGUUGCAACUAUUUAGCACUCGUAGGUGGAGGAAAAAAGCCCAAGUACCCACCCAACAAAGUCAUGAUCUGGGAUGACCUGAAGAAGAAGACUGUCAUUGAGAUAGAGUUUUCCACAGAAGUCAAAGCAGUGAAGCUGCGAAGAGACAGAAUUGUGGUUGUCCUGGACUCGAUGAUUAAAGUUUUCACGUUCACACACAAUCCCCACCAGCUGCACGUCUUUGAAACCUGCUACAACCCUAAAGGUCUCUGUGUCCUUUGUCCAAAUAGUAAUAAUUCUCUUCUUGCAUUUCCUGGGACACACACUGGGCACGUGCAGAUCGUGGAUCUGGCUAACACAGAGAAGCCUCCUGUGGACAUCCCAGCUCACGAAGGAGUCUUGAGCUGCAUCGCUUUAAACCUGCAGGGAACAAGGAUUGCAACAGCAUCAGAAAAAGGGACCCUCAUAAGAAUAUUUGAUACUUCAUCAGGGCAUUUAAUCCAGGAGCUACGUCGAGGAUCACAAGCAGCCAAUAUAUACUGUAUUAACUUCAACCAGGAUGCUUCCCUCAUCUGCGUCUCCAGUGACCAUGGCACAGUCCACAUUUUUGCUGCAGAAGACCCCAAAAGAAAUAAGCAGUCAAGUUUGGCCUCUGCCACCUUUCUCCCCAAAUACUUCAGUUCCAAAUGGAGUUUUUCCAAAUUCCAGGUUCCCUCAGGCUCUCCGUGCAUUUGUGCCUUUGGAACAGAGCCAAAUGCUGUCAUAGCAAUAUGUGCAGAUGGCAGCUACUACAAGUUCUUAUUCAACCAAAAAGGGGAAUGCUCAAGGGACGUGUACGCUCAGUUCCUAGAAAUGACAGACGACAAGCUUUGACUGAGGGGAGGGGAGUGCACAGCUCACAGCACUGCCUCGGCCACCCCGCGCCUCUGAGGGACAGGAUCUGAGGGUCCAGUACUGAUCCACAAGUUCAGCAGAGCUCAUGGAGAAGCCUGGCUCAACAUGAUCACAAGCAGCUCUGAAGUAGUGGACUACAUAUGUUUGUUCUCAUUUCUGCAAGUAUUCAUCAUUAAAAUCUCUUUGGGUUACUGUCACCAACUCAAGUUUUCAAGAUGUGGCUUUCAACAAGCUUGUGCCUAUUUGGUUUCUCUUUAGUCUAAACUGUGACAUGACUGGAGCUCCAACAAGAGUGCCUGCCACAGGGAAGGCUCUGCAGGGGCUGUCCACACCUUCAGCUGGCCUUAGGAAAAGGGAUGUGAAACCAGAAGAUUUUAGGCAUUGCUGCACUUCCACUGCAUGGCUGGGAGCAGGGAACACUCUGGGGCAGGAGUCCUGCCUCCCCCUCCCCUGGCACAGCUGAGGGAACAGCAAAGGUGACAAAUAUGGAGCAAGGGACAGCUGCAGAUCAAGUCCUGCUUGUCCCCUGCCCUGAUGCUGGGGGUGGUGGUGGUGUGGCCCUGCCAGUGCUGCCUCAGGUGAGGGGUCAGCGUUACUGGCCCAAGGUGCCAGACUGUGAAACAGCUGGAGGCAGCUCUGGGCAGGGGCUGAGCCAGCUCCCCUCUGCUGUGAGCACAGCAAGCACCCAGGGCUCCCGUGGCUGUGAUCCCUUCCAGAACCCAGCAGUUGGCACUGGGAGGCUGCAGAGCCCUGCCCUGUCCAGCACAAGAAGUGAACAAGGUGGCAGAAGUUCCAUGUCUGCAGUGGCUUUAAACUUGCAAACUUGUAUUUUUUUUUUCCUUUGAGCUGUCGCAUACUAUUGCUGCUGGCCCGGGACAGGUAGGUUAGACUGAACCCACUGACUUGUACACUCUUCCCCAAACACUGUUGCCCUAUUUCCUGCUGACCUAAGGCACAAGCUCCUAACCCAGAACCUGAGAUAGCCCCGAGUUCAGCAUCUGUGGCACUAAACCCUGGGGCAGGGAGGUCUUGCUCUUCUGAAAGCUAAUUCCACAGAUGCUUCAGCCCUGACACGCUGUGACUUCAGUUGCAAACUCUAACUUUGAAAAGUCCCUUUUAGUGUCAUGUAACCUACUAAGGACUAACUUACCAUGUUGAUGUCAAGGUUGCAUGUUGCUUUUACGCGUAUUUAACCACAGGAAUUGUUUUGCACACUUAUUUGUAAUAUGUUAUUUCUUUUAAAUAAAAGUGACUAACUUUGCUGUA